AUGAAAGCCUGGGACCUCAAGUCGGCAUUCUCUAUGUCAAAGCUGUGCCAGCUCGUCUCCUUCACCCCUCUGCGAUUUACCUCAUCACAUGUCACGUAUCUCUUCCACAGUUCCACUCUCAUAUUAACGCUAUCUUUCCUUGUGGACUCUACAAUUACUUUUAUCGGGCUGGUUUCGAAUUAUCUGUCGACGUGGUUCUCUCUAGGUGUAUGCUUGGGAGGUGUGCGGCGCACGCAGCACUUUGACGACAUCCACACCACGUCUUCCCAAUGUCUCUGCAUCCUCUCAUCGAUCUUUUGGUUCGGCUUCCUUUACUCUCAUGAAAUGAGAGAGUACACUGGGUCUACAUCGGAGGUGGAGCAGCUCUUGUUUGACUCAAUGAGGAUAAGACCUUGCUGCGAUGGCGUCGGGAAUACUAUCAAGUCGGUCGUUGCUUCGAUCGAGGGAGCUCCUGAGAUUCGCGCACAGCUGCAACCAAAUACACUACCAGACCCGACGUCUUCGCCGAAGGCGGGACUUCAACGAAAGCUCCCCGCAACGCCGAACUCUUUCACGAAAAUCACACGUAUACCGCUUAAACCACCACAGUUGGCACGGGAGCUCUCCAGCGACGGAUCUGACGAUGGGGCACGCCGCCGCCGCCGCCCGCGGAAGGAGUUCAAGUGUCUCCCUGUCAUGACACCUUUUUUCUUCUACCCACGUCUACGCCGCGAGGACUCGAUAGAAUCUCAUCAGUCCGAUACAUCCCCCCAGCCCCCCAGCCCGCUUUGA